AUGGCCGCUCUCCCUUCUUUCAUUGAACUCAUGGCUUCUCUAGGCAUAGAUGAUGCUAAGCCAGAAACCCCAAGUAUAGUCAAGACUCGAGAUCGUUCUUCUUCAUGUUCUUCCUGUUCUUCAUUGGGGAGCUCUGCUGACGGUUGGAGCCCCAUCCGUUGUGCUCGUGACAUUGACUCAGAUAGGCGUCCAAGCGCCUCUCGUCGAGUCAGAGCAGUAAGAUAUUCACCGUACAUUUCAGCUAGUUCUACUGCUAGACAAAGCAGUGCUGUGUCGUUGACGCACAGCCAGAGUGAUCAAGAAGAUUCUAGCAGGUCUUCAUCACCAAAUCCUCCUUCGUCUCCUCGGCAUACACGACGGCCUUCACCUCUUCAUUUCUCCAAGAGAGAAAGGCCAUCCAUCACUCCUAUUUCAUCAUACGUUCGUCGCAAGACACCGCAAAACUCGCCUGUCGCCCUUACUUUCGCUCAACGGGAGUACGUCGAGAGACCAGAAGUUAUCACUCCACCAUCAUUGAUGCCGAUGUCAUUGCCCACUAUUCCCCCAAUCCCCCGUUAG